GAUGAUGGUGAUGGUGAUCUUCUGCUGCGGAGACCCAAGGGUGGUGAGUUUAAUUUGAAAAGGGAAGACUGUGUAUUCGUGUGAAAUGUAAUGGUUAGCAUGUGUCAAAGACGUAGUAGGGAGAUAGUAGCAGUGGUAAAAUCCUAUUUAAUUAGAAAUUAAGUCUUACAAAUAUCAAGCUAUUGUUGUUGAUAUAAAUUGUGCACAAAUGUGAGGUUAUGGCUAAACCGCGGAAUUUGCUAAAGUCACGUGUGUAUAUUGAAUAUCAAGAAACUUUUAUGUAUAUAUUGAACCUCCGGUGUAACAACCACCAAUAAAUAUCAAGAUCUGAUCUGGUCAAAUUACUCUCCAAAAUCGAAGAUGUUCUCAAACACUUCCACUUCCACCUUUCAAUGGCUUCACAAUGAGACAAAGCCAAAAUACACGGUACCAACCUACUACACAUCUUUCCAAAAAUAUGCAUACCCAUCACCCGUUAUAUCAAGUGAAGGAAAUAACUCUUCGCUCUUCAAUCUCUUAACCCCUUCAUUCUUUUCCAUUUCUUCUUCUUUCCCUUUCAUUCAAUCCUCGAAUCCAAGUCCCGGUUCCGGUUCCGCAUCUUCUUCAAUCAUAGAAUCUACGAGUAAACCUCAAGAUACUAACGCGAGCAAAAAUUGUUUUUUUGAUAUUACUAUUGAUUCUGGUAAGACUUUUGUUAUUAUUAUUUCACUCCACCACUCCCGCAAUCCCAAAGAUUUCAUAAUUUCUACACUGUGCUAAUAUAACCACAAAAGCUCCUGCCGGCCGCAUCACAUUCAAACUCCACGACGAGAUAACUCCCCGCACCGCUCGUAAUUUCCGAGAAUUAUGUACCGGUCACCAUGGUUUUGGAUAUGCAGGGAGUCAUUUCCAUCGUAUUAUUCCGCAGUUUAUGUUGCAAGGUGGUGAUUUUACGAGAGGAAAUGUAUGUACAUAUUAAUAUUAUAUCUCCCAUGUGAUGUGUAAUUGGUGGGAGAAAUUGCUAAUAUGAAAUUAGGGAACGGGUGGUAAAUCUAUCUAUGGUAAUAAAUUCCAAGAUGAGAAUUUUAUACUAAGACAUACGAAACCGGGUCAAUUGAGUAUGGCGAAUGCGGGGAGGAAUACGUAAGUCCUUUUUUUAAUUUUAAUUAAUUUGUUUUUGAUGUCCAUGAGUCAGUCGGAAACUGGUAAUUGACACUUUAAACAGGAAUGGCUCGCAGUUCUUCAUCACUACAAUUGCUACUCCGUGGUUAGAUGGUAAACAUGUUGUUUUCGGGGAGGUGGUCGAGGGUAUAGAGCUUGUGAAGAGAAUCGAGGGGCUUGGUUCUCGUUCUGGUACACCGAAAGUUCGUGUUGCUAUUGCUAAGUCGGGUGUAGUUGAGUGAGGAAGGAAGUUGGAAUUCUGAAUGCUUUGUAUUUGUUGCUCCGGCAUAUGUUCAUAUGAUUAAAAAGUAGUAUUAUAGAAAUCAUUAUUCUUCGCUACACUCCUCGAUGAAAUUUUAAAGACGCACUGACAUAGACGAAGUUAAAUCAUUUAUUAUUCUUUCAAACCUUUGAUAUUUAUUAAUAAAUUUAUAAAUUAUCUUUAUAUAAAUUCUUAUUCAAUGUUAUCUAAUAUUAAAAAAUUUAAAAUUGAAUUGAAUUGAAAAAUUUAU